AUGGAAAAGAUACCUAGAGGACUCAUAAUGGAUCUCCAUUUUUUGCCAUUCGCUUCAUCUUCAACAAUGGCAAUCCUCCUGGUUCUUUUCUCUCUCUUUAUCGUCGGCCCUACUAUCACCGCCGUGUCCACCGGUGCCCCGGCGAAAUCCGCUUCUUUCACUCCAGAAGAUAACUUCCUCAUUGAUUGCGGCGCUACCUCUGACACCACCCUUUCGGACAAAAGGGUCUUCUCAGCAGAUCAAAAUACAGGAAAGUACCUGUCCAACGAUGGCCGUGACGUCCAAGUUUCGGUACCAUCAGCAGAUGUUCCUCUGCCUAUCUAUCUCACUGCAAAAAUCUUCUUCAACGAUGCCACUUACAAGUUCCGCAUGGCCCGACCCGGUUGGCAUUGGGUCCGACUCCAUUUCUUCCCAGUUCAAAGCAAUGUGUUCAAUCUCCAACAUGCGAAGUUCUCUGUCAUCACAGACACAUUAGUCCUCCUCCAUGAGUUUCAAAUUGGAAAUGGGACUAAUUGGCUUGUUAAAGAGUAUCUUGUUAACGUAACAACUCAACAAUUCUCUAUUAAAUUUCAACCCACGAAGGACUCUGCGGCUUUCAUCAAUGCCAUUGAAGUAGUUUCAGCGCCGGACAUGUUGAUCGGAGAUGUCGGUUCGACACUUUUUCCGGUAGCACAAACCACAGGACUGUCCAUAAACUCUUAUCAGACUGUUUAUAGGCUUAAUGUGGGUGGUCCUCUAAUCAGCUCACUGAAUGACACCCUUGGAAGAAUUUGGAUUCCUGAUCAACCACACCUUAAACCAGGCCUUGCAGCCAAGAAUAUCUCAGUUUCACCGUCGGUGAUCUCUUAUCCCGACGGUGAGUCGCCGUUGAUCGCGCCGCCAACGGUGUAUUCAUCUGCAGUUGAGAUGGAAAAUGCCAAUGUGGGUAGUCCAAAUUUCAAUGUGACAUGGAAUUUAGACAUUGAUAUUUCAUAUGCAUACCUUGUUCGUUUGCAUUUUUGUGACAUAGUGAGCAAAUCUCUCAAUGAUCUCUAUUUCAACGUGUACAUCAACGGAAAAAUGGCGAUUUCAGGGUUGGAUUUAUCCACCAUCACCGGAGGUUUGGCCAUGCCUUACUAUAAGGACUUUGUUGUGAAUUCAUCAAUGGUAUCUAGUCCUCUUUCGGUUCAAAUUGGUCCGAUGAACGAAGACACCGGAUCGAAAAAUGCAAUUCUUAAUGGUUUGGAGGUCUUGAAAAUGAACAAUUCGGUUGGUAGUAUGGAUGGAGAGUUUGGUGUUGAUGGAAAAUCAGCCACCGGAGCAACCCGUGGAGCGGUGGCCGCUGUUGGGUUUGCAAUGAUGUUUGGAGCCUUUGUGGGGUUAGGUGCAAUGGCUGUGAAGUGGCAAAAGAGGCCUCAAGAUUGGCAAAAGAGGAACAGUUUCUCUUCAUGGUUGCUUCCACUUCAUGCUGGAGACACAAGUUUUAUGUCAAGCAAGAACUCAAUAGGGUCUCGAAAGACCCAAUUCUACUCAUCAACAACAGGUCUAGGAAGAUACUUCUCUUUCAUGGAGUUACAAGAAGCUACAAAGAAUUGGGAUCCAUCUGCAAUUAUCGGUGUUGGGGGGUUCGGAAAUGUAUAUAUUGGAGAGAUUGAUGAUGGAACAAAAGUGGCUGUCAAGAGAGGAAACCCACAAUCUGAACAAGGUAUCAAUGAAUUCCAGACUGAAAUACAGAUGCUAUCAAAGCUUAGACAUCGUCAUUUGGUGUCUCUGAUUGGUUAUUGUGACGAAAACUCGGAGAUGAUCUUGGUUUAUGAGUUCAUGUCCAAUGGCCCUCUCAGGGACCAUCUGUAUGGGAAGGACUUGCCAUCAAUGUCAUGGAAGCAGAGGCUAGAAAUAUGUAUCGGUUCGGCUCGGGGACUUCAUUACCUCCACACUGGUGCUGCACAAGGGAUUAUCCAUCGUGAUGUGAAGACCACAAACAUAUUGCUUGAUGAUAAUUUCAUAGCCAAAAUGGCUGAUUUUGGGCUCUCAAAAGAUGCUCCAACCACAGAACAAACUCAUGUAAGCACUGCAGUGAAGGGAAGCUUUGGGUACUUAGACCCUGAGUACUUCAGAAAGCAACAACUGACUGAUAAAUCAGAUGUAUACUCUUUUGGAGUGGUUUUGUUAGAGGUCUUGUGUGCACGUCCAGCUUUAAACCCGGCAUUGCCGAGGGAGCAAGUGAAUUUGGCAGAGUGGGCAAUGCAAUGUAAGAGAAAAGGCUUGCUUGACAAGAUCAUAGACACAAGCCUCGUCGGACAUAUCAAUCUUGAGUCUAUGAAGAAGUUUGCUGAGGCUGCAGAGAAGUGUCUGGCUGAGUAUGGUGUUGAUAGGCCUACUAUGGGUGAUGUGCUGUGGAACUUAGAAUAUGCUUUGCAGCUUCAAGAAGCUUCUUCACAAGGAAAGACUGAGGAUGAAAAUAAGGCAUUUGUAGCUUCUGCCUCUCCUGCUAUUGUGGCCCCAACGGCUGUUUCUGCCUCUGAUAACCGUCCCGUUUCUUCGCCUGAGGAUAGUAAUAAACCAGCUGAGGUUCCUGCCAUUGAUGAGAAUUCUGGAACUGCAAUAUUCUCUCAAUUCUCCACGCUCAAUGGUCGAUAA